GGCUGGGGUCCUGGCCGUGGGGAUGGUGGGCGGAGGCUGCAUGGCUGCAUGAGCGCCUCCGGGUCCGCGCGGGGUGGAGGUUUGGGCGGGCUGGGAACCCCGGAUGGAGCCCCCCUGGUGAGGGGGCCUCGCUGCGCUCUUCCUCCUUACCGGUCACACCUCCUUUCGGCGCCUGGACCCCUCCAGAGGAGUCCCUGGUGACCCUCGUCAGCAGGCCGGGGACCGCUGCUUUGGGUGGGGAGCCUGGAGCAAUUAACGGGCUGCAGCUGCUGGGUAGCAAAGGGAAAAGUGGCCAGCCUGGCACCGCCCACCCCACGCAACGUGCUCUUCAUCCCGGCCGGGUCUCAUCCCGCAGCUGUCCCGCAGAGCUGGUGCCAGCGCUAAGAGCUGUGAACAUCAUGAGCGUGGGCUUCAUUGGGGCUGGCCAACUGGCCUUUGCCCUGGCUAAGGGCUUCACAGCAGCAGGCGUCCUGGCUGCCCACAAGAUAAUGGCCAGCUCCCCAGACAUGGACCUGGCUACUGUGUCCGCCCUCAGGAAGCUGGGGGUGAACCUGACACCCCACAACAAGGAAACAGUGCGGCACAGUGACGUGCUUUUCCUGGCGGUGAAGCCACACAUCAUCCCCUUCAUCCUGGAUGAGAUUGGUGCCGACAUUCAGGACAGGCAUAUUGUUGUGUCCUGCGCGGCUGGCGUCACCAUCAGCUCCAUCGAGAAGAAGCUGAAGAUGUUCCAGCCAGCCCCAAAGGUCAUCCGCUGCAUGACCAAUACUCCAGUUGUGGUUCGAGAGGGGGCCACCGUGUAUGCGAUGGGCACACAUGCCCAGGUGGAGGAUGGCAGUCUUCUGGAGCAGCUUCUGGGCAGUGUGGGCUUCUGCACAGAGGUGGAGGAAGACCUAAUUGAUGCUGUCACAGGGCUCAGCGGCAGUGGCCCUGCCUAUGCUUUCACAGCCCUGGAUGCCCUGGCUGAUGGGGGUGUGAAGAUGGGGCUUCCACGGCGCCUGGCAGUCCGCCUUGGGGCUCAAGCCCUAUUGGGGGCUGCCAAGAUGUUACUAGCCUCAGAACAGCACCCAAGCCAGCUCAAGGACAACGUCUGCUCUCCUGGAGGGGCCACAAUCCAUGCUUUGCAUGUGCUGGAGAGUGGUGGUUUCCGCUCCCUGCUCAUCAAUGCCGUGGAGGCCUCUUGCAUCCGUACCCGGGAGCUGCAGUCUAUGGCUGACCAAGAGGUUUCAUCAGCUGCUAUCAAGAAGACUGUCCUGGACAAGGUGAAGCUGGACUCCCCUGUGGAGUCCUCUCUGUCUCCUUCUGGCUGCACCAAGCUGUUCCCCCGUAGCCUGGCCCCAGCAGGCAAAAAGGACUGAUGUGUCCUGCCUGCCCACCAUCUUGCUUCCACCUCCUCAUCUCUCCUCUUCACUCAAAGCUCCUAUGUUGGGUGUCUCCAGGCCAUGCAGGAUCCCCACAUGGCUAGCCACCCAUGGCCCUGAUUAGUUUGGGGAUCAGCCGGGUCUGAGCCAGUGAGGGGGCACAUCAUUUCCCACUGGAAAUCUCCAUGUCUCUCAGUGUUCGCCAGCCCAGGAUAGGGGUGGGUGCUCUGAACUCAGCUUCCCCUCCCCUCUGGAGCUCUGGUGACCUGGAGGGUCUUCACCCACCCUGCCUCCAGUGUCACCUGGCUUCAGCUUGGCUCCUCCCCAUGCCCUCCUGCCCCCACUCAGGGAGAUGCCUCUUCUUCCUGUGUGGGGCCCAGAGGGUCCCAGGCACAAGGGACCACAGUUCCUCUUGAUCAGCUGCCAAGGACCUGUGAUCCUAUUGGACUUUUGAGAAAAGGGCUCCUCAGAUAACUGAUGAACCUCUGGUGGUCACCAGCAUUCAGGCCAUUCCUGACCUGACCUGACCGGCAGGAUGCUGUCAUUACCCUCCAAGCCCUAGGCUAUAUAAAUUGGU